AUGGUCGCAAGAGGUAAAGAUGUUAUUGAUGACUACAAGAAGAUGGGAAAGGCUAGAGAUCCUUCUUACCAACCAUCUGGCCAUGGAUCAUUGUCCAAGAAGAAGAAGCCCAAGAAGCUCCCAUGUUUGAUCUACAUAGUCACAAUUGCAGGAAUCGAAGAGUCACCUGAGGCGCUCUUGAACAGCCUAUGUCUUAAGAACAACAUCCCCAUCGUGUUAUUGAAGAAUGACCGCUUCAGGACACUGUUUGGUAACAGAUGGGCUCACACUUUUCAUCAGACUAAGAGUGAGCCACCACUAGCUAUGUUAGGGUCUGUCACUUCCAAACGUUGCAGGGCUGGAGUAUGA